AGCUAUCUAGUAUCUAUGCUCAGUAUGCUGAUCGCUGACAGCUGGUGAGAUAUUCAAAUCAAGCCAUGUCCUCCAGCUUCUGUGUUGUUUUUCUCUUCUCUUACCUUUCUCUUGCUUUCUCUCAAUCUGUGACAGUAGAGACAGAGGCCAGAGCUAUUGCUGACAUUAAUGCUUUCAUUGCUAACAACACCAACACUGGGAAUCAACCUGAAAUUAAUAAUCCAGCUGCUAAACUAGUCCGUCUUGCCUUUCAUGAUUGCCCAGGUGGAUGUGAUGGCUGCCUCAACUUUGAGAAUCCUGAAAACAAUGGACUAAUGGAGACAUACACUAUUAUCAAUGGGAUAUUUGAUCGUAAUGGCUAUGCAGCAGAGGGAAUGUCACGAGCUGAUUUUGUUGCUUUAGCUGGUGUCAUUGCAAUAGAAGCUGCAUCAAUGCGGCAAGACUGUAGAAUGAUGCCACCUAAUUCAACCUGUCCACUUGUUCCUACUAUGACACUCAAAUAUGGUCGCAGAGACUGCCAAACGUCUCCAAGAACAGAUGAUAUUGAACCAUUUCCAGUUGCUCAUGGCGACCUGAGUCACGUACUGAUGUACUUUCGGGAUAACAUGAACAUGAGCACUCGUGAGACUGUAGCCAUUAUAGGAGCCCACAGUCUGGGGACUACCAGACUACAGAACAGUGGGUUUAGAGGCCCUUGGGCUCCACCGACUGAUAGGUUUGAUAAUGGGUUCUAUCGUAUUUUAUUUGGUGGUGGUAAUGCAAGGUGGAUGCAAGAGGAGGUCAACGACACUCGUAGCUCAGUGUUCCCUGAUUCAAGAUACCAAUGGACUAGGCCUGGCCCUGGUAAUGGUGGACCUGGUCCUGGUAAUGGUGGUGGACCUGUUAUCAUGUUGAACAGUGACAUGGCUUUACUGAGGGACAUUGAUCCUGAUUCUGAUGGACGUGAGUCUAAUGCUUCUUGUCGAAUGAACUCAAACAAUUGUGAAGAAUCAAUGCUCACCUUUAACAUGGUGAGGGAGUUUGCCAUGAACAACAGUGCAUUCAUAGAGGCAUUUGGACCCGCCUUCCAGAAACUAAUAGAAACUGGUUACCAUGGGACUAAUGCUCUUUAUACUGCAGAAGAAGUUGUUCCUACAUCAUCAUCACCUAUGCCAACCCCUACUGAGUCAUCCACUCCUAGUGCUGGUGUUGGCUUGAAAGCAGUUCUGCUACUCACUCUAUCUCUCUUUGUACUAGCUGUCUUUGCUUGAACAGUUAGUAUUUGAUCAAAAAGAUGCUGACUUUAUUCUAGUAUGCUAGAUUUUAUUACUGCGUCUAAUCAUGUCCUCAUUUAAUUUUUAGCUUGUUUUUAGUAAAGAGUACCAUUAUUUAUCAUAA